AUGCAGUUUUGUUUCCAAAAUGUUUUACUGGUGGUGGAGAGGUGGCAGCAUUUUAAUGGGAGUCUUCAUGGGUACUUCAAAGGUGCCAGAGGGCUUAGACAGGGAGACCCUAUGUCCCCUUACCUGUUUGUGCUAGCUAUGGAAAUUCUUGCUAGAAUCCUUGCUGAAAAAGCCAAGAGUCCUAUGUUUAAGUUCCAUUGGAGGUGUGAUAAGACCAAAAUUGUGAACCUUUGUUUUGCUGAUGAUCUGAUGAUUUUCAGUAAAGGUGAUCCUGGGACUGUGAACCUUAUUAUGCAAGGAUUGGAUGAAUUCAAAAGGCUAUCAGGCCUUACUCCGAGUCCUAACAAGAGUAAUAUCUUCUUCUCUGGGUGUAACAGGCACCUCAGAGAGGAGAUUCUUCAUAUUGCUAAGUUCAAUGAGGGGACUCUCCCGGUUAAAUACUUGGGAGUUCCUUUGAUUACCACUAAGCUCAAGGCUUUUGAUUGCCAAAUUCUGAUCGAUAGGAUAACGAAGCGUAUUAGGAGUUGGACUAAUAAACUUCUAUCCUAUGCGGGUAGAGCUCAACUCAUUCAAACUAUCCUCUUUUCGAUGCAAGUGUAUUGGUCCUCUAUGUUCAUCCUUCCUAGAAAGGUUAUUAGAGAUAUUGAGAGCCUGCUUAGAGCCUUUCUUUGGUCUGGGUCUGACUUGAAGAAGCAUAGUGCUAAGAUUGCUUGGAGCUCUAUAUGUAAACCCAAGAAUGAGGGGGGUUUGGGUUUCAAAGACAUGGGUAUUUGGAAUAAGGCUGCUGUAGCUAAACAUGUUUGGUUCCUCUUCUCUGGUGGAGAGGGCUCUAUGUGGUGCCAAUGGGUCAAGUCCUACUUACUCAAAGGUAGGAGUUUCUGGUAUGUUAAAGUCCCUAGUGACCCCUCAUGGGUCUGGAGGAAAAUCCUGAAGCUUAGACAUCUCCUUCUCCCCCUUAUUAAACUUAAAAUUGGUAAUGGGGAGCAAGCUUUUCUAUGGUUUGAUAACUGGCAUCCCUUUGGACCAUUGUGGAGCAGGUUUGGGCCCAGAAUUGCCUAUGAUUCUGGCCUUGACUGUAACUCUAAAGUUAGCUCCAUCAUCUCUAGUGGUGCUUGGAAGUGGCCUUUCCCUAAUUCUUGGGAGAUCCGAGAGUGGAUUGCAUCUACUCCCACCACUUUUAAACCCUCUGUGAACACUCAGGAUUGUCCUUGGUGGAGUCUUACUGGUGAUGGUCUUUUCACUAUUCAGUCUACUUGGGACUGCUGGAGGGAUAAGGGUCCUAAAGUCUCUUGGAGUAAAUUGCUCUGGGGGCAUCCCUAUAUUCCUAGGGUUAGCUUCAUUGUUUGGUUGGCUAUUCAUGAGAGAUUGAACACUAGGGAUAGAUUGCAGGUGUUUGGGCUUGUUACUCACCCUAGUUGUCCCCUCUGCAAUGAUUCUACGGAGAGUCAUUCACAUCUUUUCUUUAGGUGUGCCUAUUCAUCACAGAUCUGGGCUGCUAUUCAGGGUAAAUGUAAUGUGAGUUGGCCUAACCUCAACUGGGCUGACAAUGUUGAGCUGGCUGUGACUUCUACUAAAGGUAGAUCUCUGAAGUCUGCUAUUACUAAGUUGUCCUUUAUGUGUACGGUGUAUCACAUCUGGAGGGAGAGGAAUAGUAGAGUUUUUAGUCAAACUAGUAUUCUUGCUGAGAUUGUCACCAAACAAAUUAUCCAAAUGGUGAGGGGUAGGAUUAUUUCUUUGAGUAAUGUGAUGUUGUCUACAGGUGAUAGCUGGUACUUGUCACAAUGGAAUCUGCCAACAACAAUCAUGAGUUUGCCUAUUGCUGGAAGAGGCACGAGGGAUGUACAGUUGACAAUCAGAUUCUUUAUGCUGUUUAAUCUAAGGAAUGGACAGGUCAAGACUCAUUGUGGGUUGAGUGAAGACAGGGAUGCUCUUUCAACUCAGCUACUAUUCCAGAUGGAGUCUAUAUCUGUGAGUUGUGGGUUGAGUGAUGUGAGACACUAUAUGGAGAGGAGAGACAUAUUUUAUUGGGGAGUUUCUGUGACAUCAAGCUGUGCAAAUCUGGAAGAUGCAGUUUUGUUUCCAAAAUGUUUUACUGGUGGUGGAGAGGUGGCAGCAUUUUGCGCCCUUCUUGGUGGCUUCGUGAUGAUUGGAAUUCCUUUUCGGCGAUGGCAGCUAAAUGCGCCUUGUCUAGAAUCCUCAAAAAGUCAAAGAAUUGGUCUUCUUAUGGCUGUAUAA